AUGACUUCUCUUGGCAAGCGAAACGAAGAAAGAACGCAUGAAGAAAAUCAAGAACGAGCUUAUAUUGCAGCUUCUCACCGUGGCGAUCGGAGUUUAGAAGCUCGUAUGGAAUCCGCUCGUAAAGCAUCUGAAAUACACAAAAAACGUACUGGGAAAGCACUCCGUAUUACUGAAGAUGAUGUUCGGAACGAGGAAAUGUACCAAGAGAUUGAUGAACCGGAAGAGACACGCGAACCGCGUCGACAUGGGGAGACUUCAAAGCGUCAGGGAGGGUCGACCAAGAAGUAA